CUUCGGAGCCUUGGCCUAGGCUACUCUCCCAGUCUGAGACGGACGACUGGAACCAGGAGGGGAAUCGACUCCUCAUCUGGGAGGAAUUAAGACUGACUGGACCCAGGGCACUGAUCCAGGCUUGUUGCAGAUGGCACCUGUUUCUCUGCAGCCUCAGGAUGAACUGCCCUGAUCCUCUGGUUGGGACCAGCUGGACUCCAGUAUGGCCUAAUUACAGGAAGAAGCCAGGAAGUUUUCCAUGAAGGAGGUCCAUCACAGAAAAUGCUACAGAGUAACUUUCACAUGAGUUUCCUUGAUAGUAGAAGAGACAGUAUGCUUUUUAACUGAAACUGAAGAGUCUUAAGUAGGUGGAGACAACAGUUCAGUGCAAGAGGAGGUGGGACUUUUGUCCAGGAUGAGUUACAGCACAUCCUCAGUGCAUAAUUUGUACCACAGCAGCACUACCACCUCUGAACCUGAUCCAGGGACAACUGUGGAUGGGACUGUGCCAGAAACUGCUACCAUAAGCCCUGAGACCACCAGCUUUAACAGCACCAAAAUUCCUGAUGUGGCCAGCAGUGGGCCUGGCAUGGGCACAAUGCUGCUGUCAUUUGGAAUCAUUACAGUGAUUGGGUUGGCUGUAGCUAUGGUUCUGUACAUCAGGAAGAGAAAGAGGUUAGAGAAGCUGCGGCACCAACUCAUGCCCAUGUACAACUUUGACCCCACGGAAGAACAGGAUGAGCUGGAGCAAGAGCUACUGGAGCACGGGCGAGAUGCUGCAUCUUUGCAGGCCUCACAGAGCAAGAUUCUUCUGACAAACCAAGGAGCCCUCCAGAGACCCAGCCGUCUUGUGUUUACAGAUGUUGCUAAUGCCAUCAAUGCAUGAACAAUAAUGGCCCCUGCUUUGGAAUUGUGCUGAGAUUGGACAGGAUAUAGCCAAAGAACCAACCAAUUAAGAACUUACUACAAGUAUGGGUGACAUCACUGAGCCCAGCUGAUUGCCCUAUUGGUUUGUGUUGCACCUGGGGAGAAAGUGCAGGGCACUGAACCCACUUCAGGAAGCAAGUACUUGAUGGUGGCUGCAGCAGUUGUUGAUGCAUCCGUUGCCCCUUGAAAGUCCUGAACUGCCAUGCCCAGAUUUCAGGGGUGAUGGCAGUAGGCACUCUCUAAGUUGUGUGCUAAUGGAAAUGCAAACGUUCAGAGAUGGAUUGGUCUCUGAACAAAUAAAUUUGAAAUGAAUACAG